AUGGAUGCAGCUUUUCCCUCUACACGCCUCACGAGUUUCGCUGAUUCUCACCCUUUGGCAACAGCCAUUUCCGCUGUGAUCAGCUUGGGAGUCAUCUACUUCGUUGUCCUCCUCCCGCUCUACAACAUUUACCUGCAUCCUCUUCGAAAGUAUCCGGGCCCAAAGCUCUGGGCAGCAUCUCAGAUCCCAUGGUUUCGCUCAUACUUGGGCGGAUUGUACCACAUCACGAACCGCGACUUACACGAGAAAUAUGGCCCUGUCGUUCGUGUCGGCCCCAAUGAGCUGUCAUUCAACGGCCCGGACGCUUGGCAGUCCAUCAUGGGCCAUCGUAAGUCUGGAGAGGCUGAGAACGGCAAGGCCGCCUUCUAUGCGGUUCCGCCUCUCAUCACGGGUCUCAACAGAACGAACCAUUCCCGCGUCCGCCGACUCAUGUCCCACGGAUUCUCGUCCGCAGCUUUGCGAGAACAGGAGUCAAUGAUCCAGGGCUACAUCGACUUGUUGAUCCAGCGUCUUCACGAAAACAGCAACCAGGGCGCGUUGGAUAUCUGCGCCUGGUUCAACUACGCCACGUUCGAUAUCAUCGGAGACCUCACCUUCGGAGAGCCGUUCGGGUGCCUGCAACAAUCGGCUAUGCAUCCCUGGGUCCAACUGAUCUUCGCCAACGUCAAGACAUCGGCUAUCGAAUCUGCUCUCGCACGGUUCCCAGUCGCGAAACAGUUGCUCCCCUUCUUCGUGUCGCCCAAGUUGGUGAAGCAAGCAUCUGAGAGCAAGGAACUCUCGAAAGAGAAAGUCUCCAGACGUCUAGAACUACAAGACGCUCGGCUCGAUCUUGUGCACGGCAUGACCGCCGGGAAGGGAGGAUUGACAUUGACGCGCGAAGAGUUGGACCGUAACUCGGAGGGACUUAUCAUCGCAGGAUCGGAGACAACAGCGACCGCUCUUUCUGGGGCCAUGUACAUGUUGACAACUCACCCGGAGAUCAUGAAGACGCUGAGUGACGAAGUUCGCUCGGCCUUUGCGUCGGAGUCAGAAAUCAACUCUCUCAACACCGCCAGACUGCCGUAUCUUCAAGCUGUUCUGGAGGAAACUCUCCGAUUCUUUCCCCCGGCGCCCAAUUCUUUGCCUAGAAUCACGCCACCCGAGGGAAACAUCGUUCUGGGCGACAAGAUCCCGGGCAAUACUGUGCUUUCCAUUCCUCACUGGGCCAUGUAUCACAGCCGCAGUAACUUCAGUCGACCCGACGAGUUCAUCCCAAACAGAUGGCUCGACGAUCCGACCUUCGCCAAUGACCGCAAGGAGUGCAUGAAUGUGUUUUCUUUUGGCCCGCGCAACUGCAUCGGAAAGAAUUUGGCAUACGUCGAGAUGAGAAUGUUUCUCGCCCGCGUCGUUUGGAACUUCGAUAUCGAGCUUGCAGCGGCUAAGGGUGUAGACGGCCUCGACUUGGUAAAGUUGGUUGACAACUCGGUCCAAAAUCAUAUUGACAGAUUUCAAGCCAGCGAGACCAUGCCGCCGUGGCUCGCCCAGGCGGUGAUCUUGAAUCAAAUCUCAACCUCUUUCACGAAUGAGGCACUUACGGUCGAAAGGUCCAAGAUAUCUAGGGGCAUCCUCGACAACGUGUUGAGGAAGUUUGAGACACCGCUGCAAGUAGCUGCAUUGGACUUUCUUGCGGCGGAAGAGGCGAAUGACGUCGGCGACGAAAUGUUGUGGAAAGCGUGGGUUGACUGGGAAGUCCUACGGCGCCUGGCCUACGGUCUUUGGCUCAUAGACAGCCAGAUCUGCUUGUUGUUCAACUAUACGCCAGCCGUCCCUACUGAGUCUCCCGCUCUUCAAACACCUCUCCCCUCGCACGAAAGAAUGUGGGAAAGACCUUGCGCUGAGUCAUGGAAGCAAGAAUGGGACCGUACGAAGAAGUUUGAAUCGCCUACCCUUAGAGAAGAAAUGCAGUCAUUGUACAGACUCAAUCCAGCUGGACAAGAAAUCGGAGGAUUCUCCUUCCUCCUCAUUCUUUUUGGAUUCUUCCGCGACCAACUCUUCCUGAAGCAAGCCAAUGAUUUGGGCUUGUCAGGAGUGAUAAAUGUCGACGGUAAGAUGAUCUCUCACAUGGGGCAUCGUCCUAACCCAGAUCUAUGGCGACUUUUGGAUCCUUGUCGACGUACGGGCGCCAAGCGUAUCAAGCUUGCGACGAUACAGUACUACCACGUGAUCAGUAUCAUCAAUCGUGUGCCCUUGAGAGACCUGUAUGCUUUCGCCGGCUGGAGAGUAGCGCGCUCAAAACAGCUGGACACAAUACGCAGACUACUAAGCUGGACAACAGAGCACGGCGAUGGUGCCAGGGAAAUAGCUCUGCAUGCUGCAAAACUGUUUCACGAGUGCAAGAGCCAUUCUUCCUGUGGAUACCAGGAACCUGUUGCGAUGCUUAUUUCAAGCCUUGCUCUUUGGAUGUACAACACUUCGUUGUCGCCAUAUGCUUUGGAAAGGCGAGAGGGGUUUCAAAAUCAGAGCGUGGUGACGAUUCGCCUCGACGAGGACAUCGAUCGAGAAGAAGCUUCCGAAUGGGUACGAACUGGCAAGCAAGCCCGGCCUUUCGUUCCCGGAGUUGGGGACAUUCACAUGCCUGGUGGCUACUCCAAGGUCGUGACACAAGCAAUCGACGUUCUCGAGUCAGUGAAGGAGUGGAAAAUUGGCCAGCUUUUCUCAAGAGCGUUGAGAGAGCGGAUCAUAGCAUUUGAUACAGAUAAUCUACAAAAGAACUAG